UGGACCCCGGGAGGCUCCCGCCGCAGCUGCUGCCGCGGCCCAGGCAGAGCGGACUCCCCUUGGCGUUCCCGUCGCUGCGGCAGCAGAGCGCCCAAGCCGCCUGGGACUUCUUCUCUGCUGCUGCUGCCGCCGUUGCGUCGUGGCGGCGGCGGGCCGGCUGCGCGCUCGGUGCCGUCGGCGAUCCCGUGGGAUCGGCUGCCAGCGGGGCCCGCGCGCCCACUCCCGCCGCGCCGCGGCGCACCCUCCAGCUGGCCUGGGCGGGGCCGCCGCUGGCGCCGCGUCUGCGGGAGGAGACGUCGCCGGGCCCGCAGGAGGGCCAGCGGCAAGCAGCAGGCCACGAUCCAGCGCGACGUGCAGGCCUGCCUCUCGACCUCCACGCCGGCCGCCGUGGCCACCGUCCAGCAGGAGCUCUCCACCCGCGUGCAGGGCCAGUCGGCCGCGGCGGCGGCGCGAGGCACCUCCAUCGGAGGCGGCCGCGCGCGCCGCGCAAGGCACGACGACGACGACGACGACGACGACGACGACGACGAC